UCGGAACCAAAGAGUAAACAAAUCCAUAAUUCUUGUUGGAAUUCCGUUGCAUUUUUGCCCAAAAGUGAACGUACCUUUUUUCUAAGUUGAUGGGUAACAUUCAACAUAGUGCCUUCUUUCAACUGUACAUCUUUGCCGAUUGUUUUAAUAACCGUUCCACUGCUUUACUGGACAACCAAACAGUCUUAACGACCUGACACCAUUACAUUAUCAGUGCAAAUUGGGUUCUAAACAGAGACAACAACAGCUCAUGGAAUAUUCAUAUGGACGCCAUUUGAACCUUGACGUCACGUGACCUGAUGUCUGUGCCAAUACACAGGAAUCCMAAUUUUAAAGAAAUAGAAAUCCAAGAUGGCUGCCGCGAAGAAGUCUACAAAUGAAGAAAUUUUGUCGUCUUUGAUUGAAACUUUGCAGCUAUGUGCAAGCAAAAUGAAAGAGGGAAGUUUAGGUCAAGUGAUGGAAGACUUAGAAACAAGUUUCUCAAUGGAAGAUUUCUGGUUAAAAUUAGGGAUGACAUUCCGUGCUGUUUCCAAAGAAGCCACCACUUUAGCAGUGAUGUUCUCMAAGCCUCCGCCUCCAUCUGGAGAGGACCUGGAAGGACUUCUGACUGGAUUUGAGACAGCCAUCAUAGGCAUGCUAACUGUUUUCCAUUCUCUUCCCAUGARUCAAGGGAGAACUCUUCAUAAGAGAUUGCAAAUCACUAUAGUGAACAUUCUUCAUGAUUCCAAGAAUUUUAUUGAAUCUUUGAAAAAUGAAGGAUGCAAAAGUCCACAGGUUGUCAAUCAUUCCACAGGGUCCAUCUGGGAAAGAUGUGAUUGCUUCCAUACUUUACCUCUGGAUAAUAAGUGCGCUGUUUUAGAAGUCUUACAAUCAUCUGCUGUUCUGGUAAAGGAUGCUAUCUGUGAACUUGACCAGAUUCAAAAAUCAAAUGGCCUUCACGACACUAACCCAUUGGAAGAUARCGAUGGAAGUGAUAAUAUUAUAGAUCAAGGUUGGUCAGAGAAGGACCGUCAGUUGGUAUCUCCAUGUGGAGGCAUGGUCAAGGCUUGCCGCUCCUGUCUUAAAAAAGUAUCAGAUGCCAUCCGAACAAAUGCCAAGACAACCACUUUAGAACUCAACAAGGAUUUAGACAAUGUUUCAAUACUUGUGACCAAAAUAAGCCCAAAAGUUGACGAUAUUAUUAGUGGUUUGUAUGCUCCGAUUGCACGAGAGAGUCUACAAGAGAAUGUCCAUCAGCUGGCGGAUAUUCUGGUCAACCUCCUUGAAAAAUCACGAGCUGCGCACUUCACAGACGAAACUAAAGACAAUUCUUGGAUCGAUUUUCUGAAGAAGGCUAUUGAACACAACAAGGCGAAACUCACCACAAUUAUGAUGGAACAGAUAUCAUUGAACAACRWGACAUAGCACAAMAGCUUAUUCACUGUUUASUCUCCAUGAAUACAUCAAAUGCGAAAUGAAGUUGUGCKGAGAAUGCGGWAGUYYRAGUGGUCUAGUAAUCUUCUUCAGAGUAAACUUUUCAAGUUGCUACUUUCAAAGCUCCAUCGCCAUUUUGGGCARUGAUGUGUUCUUGUCUAGAACUACAAUUACCUGUUUUAACUGUAUCUAAAAUUCAAGUACACAUAGGAAAGUGUUUUCAAAUUUUAUUUUCAAUUAAAUUAACUAAGGCUUGUAAGUUCAAAAGCAAYAUAAUCUUAGAUGGAAGUUGCAUUGUUCAUGUUGAAUGGCAAAGCCAGUUCAGUUCUGGCGCACGGACACAUGCAGAAAAAAGCAAAGCAAUUGUUACUAAUAAAUCGGAUGCUGAAGACUGCUUUGGCUCGUGUAGAUUCUACUAUUAAAAUAAAUUAAACUAUACAAUA